AUGUCGCGCGUGGUGUAUGCGGUAGCGGCGGCGGCGGCGAGAGCCGUAGGUGAAUACCGGGAGCCGUCACGGUCGCGGUGGGGCCGGGCGUGCGGGACGGGAAGCCGAGGGGCGGAGGAGGCCGCGGGGCGGUGGAACACAAAGGGCCCUAAUUUUCAAUGGGUGUUGAAUUUUUCAGGGUUUUUUCCCAGGCUCCACACUCUACUUUCAACAGGGAGAGCUUUCUCCACAUCACAGUCCUUGCAUCAAGUGGCAGGACCCGUGUGGAGCCUGGGUCGACUCAACCAUGUGGCUAUUGCAGUGCCAGACCUGGAGAAGGCCAGGGCAUUCUAUAAGAACAUUCUGGGGGCCCAGGUAAGUGAUGCGGUCCCUCUUCCUGAACAUGGCGUAUCUGUUGUUUUUGUCGACCUGGGAAAUACCAAGAUGGAACUGCUUCAUCCACUGGGAAGUGAGAGUCCAAUUGCAGGCUUUCUGCAGAAAAACAAGUCUGGAGGAAUGCAUCACAUCUGCAUUGAGGUGGAUAAUAUAAAUACAGCUGUGGUGGAUUUGAAAAAAAAGAAGAUCCGUAGUCUAACUGAAGAUACCAAAAUAGGAGCACAUGGAAAACCAGUGAUUUUUCUCCAUCCUAAAGACUGUGGUGGAGUCCUUGUAGAACUGGAGGAAGCUUAAUUUACAUUUUCAAGAAAAUUAGUUGACUUGAAAAAUCUUUAUUAAACACUUAUCAAGUGUCUUAUGAUACUGUUCCAUCACUUGAAGUUUCAAAGUUAAAAUGAAAUUACAGAAAGAUUAUGUACAUAUAUAUGUACAUACUCAUUAAUUUGAAUUUGGAGCAAACCUUGAUUACUAAAUAUUUCGGGAACAUUAAUUUGUGUUCAUAGAAAUAAAUUC